GGCGGAGGGGAGAUUGGCUGGCUCCGCGCCCUCCCCACCUCUCCGGGUGCCAGGGCUGUCCUCGGAUAUGCAGCUGCGGGUUGCGGUGGUGCGUGCAGCUGGAGGUCCACCCGCUCCUCCGCGGUAGCGCCGGGGUCCGAGGCGCACGGGGCCGGGGCCAUGCAGCUGGGGGCGCCGCGGGCCGUGCUGCUGGCCGCGCUGCUGGUGGGGCUCCGGGGCGAGAAGGGGCGCCUGCUGAGCGCCUCAGACGGGGACCUCAGAGGAGGCCAGCCGGUCUGCCGGGGAGGGACACAGAGGCCUUGUUACAAAGUCCUUUACUUCCAUGAUGCUUCUCGAAGACUGAACUUUGAGGAAGCCAGAGCAGCCUGCCGGAGAGACGGGGGCCAGCUAGUCAGCAUUGAGUCUGAAGAUGAACAGAGGCUGAUAGAGAAGUUCAUUGAAAACCUCAUGGCAUCUGAUGGCGAUUUCUGGAUUGGGCUCUGGAGGCGUGAGGAGAAGCAAAGCAAAGGCACAGCCUGCCAGGACCUUUACACUUGGACGGAUGGCAGCUUAUCAACAUUCAGGAACUGGUAUGUGGAUGAGCCUUCCUGUGGCAGCGAGGUCUGCGUAGUCAUGUACCACCAGCCAUCUGCACCCACCGGCAUCGGGGGCCGCUAUAUGUUCCAGUGGAAUGACGACCGAUGCAACAUGAAGAACAAUUUCAUUUGCAAAUACUCCGAUGAGGAACCAACAGUUCCUUCUCUGGGGCUGGGAGGUGAAAGGACAAAGCCAGCCACACCCAUACUUCCAGAAAACACAGAGGAAGAAGAUGUCAAGGAAACAUUUAAAGAAAACAAAGAAGCUGCCUGGAACCUUGCCUACCUCCUCAUCCCCGGCAUCCCCCUUCUCCUCCUCCUGCUGGUCACCGCAGUUAUCUGCUGGGUUUGGAUCUGGAGGAGGAGGACCCGGGAGCAGCCAGGCCCCAGUAUGAAGGAGCCGCCACGCACCCUCUGGCCCUCACCUGGCCGCGCCAACAGCCCAGACCUGGAGGUUUACAAGGUCAUCCGGAAACAAAGCGAAGCUGACUUAGCCGAGACCCGGCCAGACCUGAAGAACAUUUCUUUCCGAGGCUGCUCGGGAGAAGCCACUCCCGAUGCCCUGUCCUGCGACUCUGAGGACAGGGCUGUGAACCCAUCUGAGAGCGGGUUUGUCACGCUGGCCAGCAUAGAGAGCGGCUUUGUGACCAAUGACAUUUACGAGUUCUUUCCAGACCACCGGCUGGGGAGGAGCAAGGAGUGUGGGUGGGUGGAAAAUGAAAUAUAUGGUUAUUAGGACCUGGGAGAGACACAUAAAUGGACCAGAAUGGGGAAGAAAGGAGAAGCUACAAUCUCCUGUUGUCUAUGAGGAAAACACUCAGGAGCCUGUGAAAGUGCUGGUCCCAGGCCUGGGGUGAGCAUGCGGCCCCAUCGCCUGCUAUUGCAUCCCUAUCUCAGCCUUUCACCAGCUCUGUCCGGUGAGAAAGCAGCUUGCCCAGGGCUGGCACAGAGUAGGACAUCCAUGGCAGUGGAUUGGUUGUAGCAGACCAGCCAGGGACAGCUCUCCUGGGCAGGGCCCCAGUGUCGCUGUGGGACUGGGGUCACCCAUCUCUAGGACGCCCAUCCCAGGUCAUUUUCCUUCCUCUAGACAGCAGCCCCUGUGAUCGCAACAGGAUGGAAAUGACAGAUGAUUUCAAAGCCUCAUGGGCUGGCUUAGGCUGGCCUGUGCACCAACCAUUCUUGUAUCUGUUUUUUUCAAACUCAAAUCAAAUAAAAUGCAGGAAGCCGAAUGUUA